UAUAAAAGAUUAAUGCUCUUUCCUUGUUGAUCAGCAGUGUAAGACGCUCCACCAUGAAGCAGUGCGGGCUGUUGUUGCUGGCGUUUGUGUGUGUCCAUGGUGCCCCUGCAGGGGUCCCGCCUCCGAGUUCUUGCACAGAUGCAACCACCGUCUUUGUCGCCGGAGAGGCUAUAGACAAAAUCAACCAGGAUCGCACCACGGGUUAUGUCUUCAGCCUGGAACGUGUCAGCAACGUGCAUCAGACACGGAAUGGGGAAACUGGAGUUGUCUUUUAUCUAACAAUUGAUAUCCUUGAGACAAAAUGCCAUGUCCUCAGCAGGAAGAGUUAUAAGGAGUGUGAGAGUAGAGACAUUGGCGAAAACCCGGUUUAUGGUCAAUGUAAGGCAGUUAUCUAUGUAAACAAACCUCAAAGAGUCUCUCGUCUCUACAAAUACAGCUGUACCGUCAGACCACUCCCUGCCUCCAAAAUCAUUGCCACAUGCCCUGACUGCCCAAUUCUGAUUUCUCUGGAUAAUAACGAAGUGGAGAAGACGAUGACGAUGGGGUUGGAAAAGUUUAAUAAGGAGAGCGGACUCCCAAAUUACUUUGCCCUUCUUAAUAUUACAAGAGCAAUCACACAGGGUGGCUUGAUCAAAAUGUACAGUGUGGAGUUCACCAUUCAGGAGACAGUUUGCUCCAACAAAACUGAUGUCUCUGAGGCUUCAAAAUGUGACAUAAUGGCCUGCGAGUUCGCACACAAAGGAUUCUGCACAGCUACACACACUCUCUCCAUGGGUGAAGAAUUCUUUGACUUUAAGUGUGAAGUUUAUGAACCUCAGGCCGCAGAGGAGGAAAAGAAGAACCAUUUGAAUGCUGGAGAGACUGACCAUUCUCAUAAGAACAUUGGUGGUGAAUCUACACAUGACCACACUCAUGAUCACACGCUCCCGCAUUCCCAUCCACCUGCACAUGACCAUGCUCACGCUGCUGACCAUGAACAUGAUCAUAAGCAUGAAGGGAAGCAUGCCCACGGUCACAAUAAAAAUCAGGGGCACCAACAUGAGCACCAUGAAGAACGUGGUAAAGCCCAUGCAGACUCUCAUGAGCACAGCCACGAUCAUGACCAUGAGCAUGCACACCACGGCCAAGCCCACAACCACACACAUGACCAUGGUAUUCACCAGGCCCACCACAACUAUGGGCAUGCUGAAGGAGAAACACAUGAGCAUGACCAUGAGCUAGCAUUGGACCAUGAGCACAAGCAUGGACACCUCCACAAGCAUGAGCAUCAUCACCACCACCACCACCAGAAGAACCAUCAUGAAAUCGCCAUGAGGAAACCAGAGGGGACUGUCAAAGUCCUCCCAUCUCUAGAUAAGCCCAUGACCCUUCCUUUCUUUCCUGAUCAGCAUGAGAAACCUGACACGCCCACUGGUCUCCCCCUGCGCCCUGACCCAGAGAUACCAGGACAAAUGGAGCCUGUCAUUGGCAAAUUCCCCCAAACUGUAUCCCAAAACUGCCCAGCGAAGUUCAAGACCAAUGAUAAGCUCAUCAUGAAUGCCUUUGCUGAGGAUCCAGCGUUCAAGAUAAAACAUUACACUAAAGGGAAAAUGAGAAAAAUACUGUUACUUUUCCUUUCACUGAUAAGUUUAUACUUUCACAGUGCCACUACAUCUCCUGUACCAACAGGAUGCCUCGACCAGAGGGUAGUGAAUGCAGCGGAGGUAGCCCUGGACCAGAUUAAUGCAGUGAGAAAGGAAGGGUACAUCUUCUCCCUGAACAGAGUGUAUGAUGUCCUACAUGAGGCAAAGGAGGAAGGAGAGAACUUUCUACAACUGACAGUAGAUGUACUGGAGACAAAGUGUCAUGUGAUCAGCAAAAGAAAAUGGAAGUCAUGUGAAAUCAAGGAUAUCUCAAAUGUUCCAGUCUUCGGAAAGUGUGAUGUAUCUGUCGUCAUUCAGCCCAACAUUACUUUACAUAACUUUAGCUGCACCAUCCAGCAAGUUCCUGCUGCUGCCAUAGUUGACAUAUGUCCAGAUUGUCCAACAACAGAGAGCCUGAAUGAUCCAAUUGUAGCUGAGACAGCAAGUCUUUCUCUCGAAAAAUUUAACAAAGAGACAACUGUGCCUAAUUACUUUGUUCUAAUAAAUAUUACAGGGGCACGUAUGCAGUGGGUUGUUGGUCCAUCCUACUUUGUGGAGUUCACCAUACAGGAAACCGAUUGUGCCAAAACGUUGACUGAUUUAGACUGGACUCAGUGCCAGCCAAAGAAUGGAACGCAUAUGAAGGGCUUUUGUACUGGGUCACACAUUACUUUUGAUGAUGACUCUGAAGUGAAAAUUUCCAAAGAGGCCAGCUGGAUUAGUGGAACACACUCUACUAUUGAAGAAGCUAAGAAAAAACUUUCCACCAAGGUCACCUGCUCCCUUUAUCAACAAAAGCUCGAUAAUGAACAACAGAACAGUCACAGGACAACGAAAACCCCUCCAAACAUACAAACUCCAUCUGGAUCUGUACUGGUUCUGCCAACUCCACCCAUCCCAGUGCCCCCCAGAAAACCAGCAACUGCUCCUAACUGCCCUGGAGAAAGGAGGCACAACCUUGGACUAAAGUCAGUGAAACUAUAAAUAAAAAAAAUAAAAAAAAAAUCAAAAAUCAUGUACCAAAGAUCACUCCGCACUAUAAAAUAGUCAGCUAUUGUCAAACAACACAAUAUAUUCUGUCCCAAUUUUUUUUUAAAUGGUCAAAAGGGGUUAGUUCCUUUUGUCAGUGAUAUUUAUUCCUACUCUUAAAGGUAAAGGAUUAAUUUAGAUCUCUUAAAGCAUUAUUACUUGUAAAAAUGCAAAGGCAACACAAUGGAGAUGUACUGGACCAGUACAGUUUCCCUAAAACACAGGUCUAAAGCAGCAGGUC